UGAUGUCCUGGCUGAAAUUAAACAUUUCUAUUGGUGGCUUACCUAUUUUAACAAAUCCUUUCCCUCUGAAAACUUUUAGCACAGAUCUCCCAUUAUCUCUUGCUUACUACCUCCCUUGCACUGCAAAGUACAAUUUCAUUACAUCUUGAGAUCUAAGAUUUUUCUUUGGAAACCCAUCUCCAAUGUCUCUCUGGAAUUCAAAAAAGAAAAUGAGGAUAAUUCAGUCUGAAAUUUCAUAUGGCUUUUCUGAGAAAUGUGUUUUGUGAGUUAAAGGGUACUUACGUUUUGUUGGUGUAUUUUCAGAGGUAGACUCCUGUAGCAGUUGUUUUAAUAACUAUGUCCUAAUUAUUUAUAGCUUCCUGCCUGACAUAACUCGCUUCAGGAAGUGCACAAUGUCAGAACGUGGAAUUAAGUGGGCUUGUGAAUACUGUACGUAUGAAAACUGGCCAUCUGCAAUCAAGUGUACUAUGUGUCGUGCUCAGAGACCUAGUGGGACAAUUAUUACAGAAGAUCCAUUCAAAAGUGGUUCCAGUGAUGUCGGUAGAGACUGGGAUCCUUCUAGCACAGAAGGAGGAAGUAGUCCUUUGAUAUGUCCAGACUCUAGUGCAAGACCGAGGGUUAAGUCCUCAUAUGGCACGGAAAAUGCAAACAAAUGGUCAUGCCACAUGUGCACAUAUUUGAACUGGCCAAGAGCAAUCAGAUGUACCCAGUGCUUGUCCCAGCGUAGGACCAGGAGUCCCACAGAAUCACCUCAAUCCUCAGGAUCUGGCUCAAGACCAGUGGCUUUUUCUGUUGAUCCUUGCGAGGAAUACAAUGAUAGAAAUAAGCUGAACGCAAGGACCCAACACUGGACUUGUUCUGUUUGCACUUACGAAAACUGGGCCAAGGCUAAAAAAUGUGUUGUUUGUGAUCACCCCAGACCUAAUAACAUUGAAGCAAUAGAGCUGGCAGAGACUGAAGAGGCUUCUUCCAUAAUAAACGAACAAGACCGGGCACGAUGGAGAGGAAGCUGCAGUAGUGGUAACAGUCAGAGAAGAUCGCCCCCUGCUAUGAAACGGGACUCUGACGUGAAAAUGGAUUUUCAGAGAAUUGAAUUGGCUGGUGCUGUUGGCAGCAAGGAGGAACUUGAAGUGGAUUUCAAAAAGCUAAAGCAAAUUAAAAACAGGAUGAAAAAGACUGAUUGGCUAUUCCUCAAUGCCUGUGUUGGGGUUGUAGAAGGUGACUUAGCUGCUAUAGAAGCCUACAAGUCGUCCGGAGGGGACAUUGCCCGCCAGCUGACCGCGGACGAAGUGCGCUUGCUGAACCGCCCCUCUGCGUUUGACGUCGGCUACACUCUUGUGCACCUGGCCAUCCGCUUUCAGAGGCAGGAUAUGCUCGCAGUCCUGCUCACAGAGGUGUCUCAACAAGCAGCAAAGUGUAUUCCAGCAAUGGUGUGUCCGGAACUGACAGAACAAAUCCGGCGAGAAAUAGCUGCCUCUCUGCACCAGCGAAAGGGCGAUUUUGCUUGCUACUUUUUAACUGACCUUGUAACGUUUACGUUGCCAGCAGAUAUUGAAGACUUGCCCCCAACAGUCCAAGAAAAACUAUUUGAUGAGGUGCUGGAUAGAGAUGUGCAGAAAGAGUUAGAAGAAGAAUCGCCGAUUAUAAACUGGUCCUUGGAACUUGCCACGCGUUUGGACAGUAGACUGUAUGCACUUUGGAAUCGGACUGCAGGAGACUGCUUGCUUGACUCAGUGCUACAAGCUACCUGGGGCAUUUACGACAAGGACUCAGUGCUUCGGAAAGCCCUGCAUGACAGCCUGCAUGACUGUUCACAUUGGUUUUACACACGCUGGAAAGAUUGGGAGUCCUGGUACUCACAGAGCUUUGGUUUACAUUUUUCUUUGAGGGAAGAGCAGUGGCAAGAAGACUGGGCAUUCAUACUCUCUCUCGCUAGUCAGCCUGGAGCAAGUUUGGAACAAACACACAUUUUUGUACUUGCACAUAUUCUUCGACGACCAAUUAUAGUUUAUGGAGUAAAAUAUUAUAAGAGUUUCCGGGGUGAAACCUUAGGAUACACCCGGUUUCAAGGUGUUUAUUUGCCUCUGUUGUGGGAACAGAGUUUUUGUUGGAAAAGUCCGAUUGCUCUGGGCUACACAAGGGGCCACUUCUCUGCUUUGGUUGCCAUGGAAAAUGAUGGCUAUGGUAACCGAGGUGCUGGUGCUAACCUGAACACAGAUGAUGAUGUCACCAUCACGUUUCUGCCUCUGGUUGACAGUGAGAGGAAGUUACUCCAUGUGCACUUCCUUUCUGCUCAGGAGCUAGGUAACGAGGAGCAGCGUGAGAGGCUGCUGAGGCAGUGGCUGGACUGCUGUGUGACCGAGGGAGGGGUUCUUGUCGCUAUGCAGAAAAGCUCUCGGCGGCGCAAUCACCCAUUGGUCACACAAAUGGUAGAAAAAUGGCUUGACCGCUACCGUCAGAUCCGGCCUUGCACAUCCCUGUCUGACGGAGAGGAAGAUGAAGAUGAUGAAGAUGAAUGAAGACGUCAAAGAGCAGAAGGCAUGGGAUCUGUGACCCCCUGAAAUGAAGGUGGUGCUCCAGGCAGGACGAUAGGGAACGGCACGAGCCAAGCCUGGCCGGAUCGGCUCCGAAGGGUUUUCCCAAUCCACAUGCAGUGGGGACAGUGUCUCUGCCGUGUGAGGAGACAGAACUGGGUUGGACUGUAGUUUGU